AUGUCCGGCGACGCCUUGGGAUGGGGGGGACACACGGCAGGGACCGGCAGCCUGGCGAGCCGGCGCCUGCUCCAGCACAGGACACUUUUCUAUACGGCAGCAGCCCCCCAGCUGGCUGGCGAGAGGGCCCAGCCCGGGGCAGGCCCCGCGGGCGCUUUGCAGCCGGCUUGGCCGUCCCUCCUCCAGCCGGGAUUUGCACACGAAUCCCGGCUCUUCACACGAGCCAAGGCCACCGGCUGCCACCAGCGCCGGCCACACGCCGGGGUCACCCGCGCCGAGCCCCCGGCCCACAGGAGGAUGGCAGCCGGCGACGAGAAGCGGCACCUGCUGAGCGAGGGCACCGGCGGGUACGGGGGUGCCCGGGGGGGUUGGGGGUGCCGUGCCCCCUCUGCUCUGCGGCUCCCGAGCGGGGUCUGGCCGGGGAACGGGCUGGGGGCAGCGCUGAGGGUGCAGCCGGAGCCCCCCAGCCCCACGCAGCCCGCGGCCGGCAGGUGCUACGUGGGGGCUGCGCGGAAGGACGGACAGAGCGCGGCGCAGGGACAGGAGCCCGCCCUGGAGCUGGGGACACGGCGUGGCCAGCACUGCCACACGCGGGGGACCGGCGGCCACCCCGGGCAGCAGCAGCGGGCACGGAGGAAGCUCUACCUGGCCGCUGGCAUCUGCCUCUUCUUCAUGGUGGGGGAAGCCGUGGGCGGGUACCUGGCACACAGCCUGGCCAUCCUGACGGACGCUGCCCACCUGCUGACGGACUUUGCCAGCAUCAUGAUCAGCCUCUUUGCCCUCUGGGUGUCCUCACGCCCCCCCACCAAAACCAUGAACUUCGGAUGGCACCGGGCAGAGAUCCUGGGGGCUCUGCUCUCCGUGCUCUCCAUCUGGGUGGUGACGGGGGUCCUGGUCUACCUGGGGGCCCAGCGCCUGCUCUCGGGUGACUACGACAUCGAGGGCGGGGUCAUGCUCAUCACCUCCGCCUGCGCCGUGGCCGUCAACAUCGUGAUGGGGCUGGCUCUGCACCAGACGGGGCACGGGCACAGCCACGGGGCAGGCGGCGAGCAGCCCAACGCCAGCGUCCGUGCCGCCUUCGUGCACGUCCUGGGGGACCUGCUGCAGAGCCUCGGCGUCCUCAUCGCCUCCUACAUCAUCUUCUUCAAGCCCGAGUACAAGUACGUGGAUCCCAUCUGCACCUUCCUCUUCUCGGCGCUGGUGUUGGGGACAACGCUGACCAUCCUCAGGGACGUCCUCCUCGUCCUCAUGGAGGGGACCCCCAAGGGGAUGGAUUUCAACGCCGUGCGGGAGACGCUGCUGGCGGUGCGGGGCGUGGAGGCCGUGCACAGCCUGCACAUCUGGGCUCUGACCGCGGCACAGCCGCUGCUCUCCGUGCACAUCGCCAUCAACGCGGCUGCCAGCGCGCAGGAGGUGCUGGAGGAGGCCAGCUCCCGGCUGCAGGGCGCCUUCCGCUUCCACAGCACCACCAUCCAGGUGGAGAGCUACUCCGAGGAGAUGCGGGACUGCCGGGAAUGCCAGCCCCCCCGCGACUGA